GUCUGGAACUCUUUAAUCAGUUUUUGUAUGUUCCUCUCUUAGGCUUAAUAUGCCACCCUCAGUGACUGCAGUUCUUGCCCUGCCUUCAACUUUGCCCAAUGGCUUGGUUGACAGGAGAAAUGUUUUGAGAGCUUGGCUAUGGCUCUUAUCUCCAGGUGUAAUAUCUUAAUCAGUAACAUGUUCAUAUGCUGCAAUAUUUUUGUUGGACUAAUUGUGUUCUUCUGUGUCUGACUGUAUUGUGCAUGCAUUUCAGUUUUCAUUGGGAAUGAUUAUUCAGGACUAGAUCCCAUGCUUAUAGUUGCAGAAUGAUAUUUUGCCAUCCAUCUCCAGAAUGAGGUCACUAACAUUUUAGGUAACUACUUUUAAGUAUUUAUUUGUGAAGUAAAGGAAAAAAAGUUGUCUUGGCUAGAACACUGUUUUAGAGCCCUUGCCUAAUCACAUUUUUUGAAUACUCCCAGAGAUGGUGAUCCUACUACUUACAUGGACAGCCUCUUCCAAUGCUUGACAGCUCUUUCCAUUAAUUUUUUUCCCCUAACAUCCAGUCUAAACCUUGUGACACCAACUUGAAGCCAUUCGUUGUCCUACCACUUCUUACCUGGGAUGAGAGACCAACCUUGCCCCGCCCCUGGCCUCCUUUCAGGCAAUUGUAGAGAAUAAGGUCACCCCUGAGCCUCCUUUUCUCCAGGCUAAACACCCCCAAUUCCCUUAGCUGCUCCUGACAGGGCUUGUGCUCCAUUCUUACACAGACUUAAGCACUGAGGCUGUGCAUGGCAAUCAGCCUGAUGAAAGCUAAAGCUAUCAGAACCAACUUAAACGUCCUUUCUAGGGUAAUUUUUGCCUAUUCACAACAAGAACUUUUAUUUCCUUUAGUCUAGCAGUGACCUAAAAACUAGGAUUCAAAAGGAGGGGGAUGGGGGAGGAAGGGAAAAGCGACACUGUUGGCUAAAACUUUAUUACUCCAAUUCAGGUAUAAGGGAAGGUAUCUCUUACCCUGCAGAAAAAUUCCACCUUUUCCAGCAGGUAAAGAAAACAGUUACAAUGCAAGAACACAGAGCCUGUCCGUGGAAAUAGGUAUACAUUGUGCUGUUGGCUGGCUUUUAGUCUGUCUCUUAUGCAAGCUUCAUCCCAGAUGUGGCUUGUUUCUGCUUGAAAGACAAGUGCUUGGCAGGUGAUUUAGGGCUAAGGGGGACAAAGUGGAAAUCUGUGGCAUUUUUCACAUGUAGACAGCUGUAAACAGGUAAUUGCAUAUAAUCCUUUCAUGGCUACAGUGGCAUGAUCUGACUGCCUGAAUAGCAGUGAGAGUGUGUGUGUGGUUUGAAAGUCAAGUUGCUGAGCAUUUUCUGUUUCAGAAACAGUGACUGGGGCACUGAAAAGAGCAGUAAGCCUUUGCUCUCUUGUCAUGUCCAGCUUGUGCUUGAAAGGCAUCUCACACCAGCAGCACCUGCAGGAGCAGGAGCAGUGCUGGGAUGCAUGACAGAAGUGCCAGCCAGGGCCCCAGCAGUGCCUCUGAAGACAUUUACACCACUGACAGUGAUGCAGUCUCUGCCCUUCUAGCUGAGGGGAGAAUUAAUAUCUGAGUCAGAGAUAGACUGCUGUGACUUGGUACAAAUUCAGCUGUGGGUCCCCAGAUGAACAAGCAUUUCCUCUGAUUUUACUAGAAUAAUGUCUGUUCUCCAAGAAGUUCCUGUAACUGCUACAGAAGCGCCCACCCCCUAUUACUCAUUUCCAGUCUUCACUUAGAACAGUGGUGAAUGUUUAUAAGCAUUGGGUUGGGUUUCUUUAAUAGCACUACAAAAAAAUUAACUGCAGUCAGCUGACACAUUGCUAAGCUGCUCCAAGCUUCAGCCUACAAUAAAAUUCUCCUUCCUAACAGGAGACUUCUAAAUUUAAGAUCCUCUAAAAACAAUGGGAGAAAGCAGAGCUUGAAGAAAGCACAAGACAUUGCUCAGGUUGAGGGAACCACCUCAUACAGUUACAGCUGGGGAUGCCUUUACAGAGAGUUAAAAUUGCCAGGUAAUAUUUCGCAGUUUUUAUUGAUGGCAUUUAUCCCAUGGUUUAACAUGUUAAUUAUACUGUAAUAAACAUGGCUUUAAUAUUAAACUUUUCCUUAUUAUCCAAAGUCACCACAGUCCAUUUCAGUAAAUAUAAAAAUAUAUACUUAAUACUUUGUACAAUACUGGUUUUUGGUCCAAACAAAAAUGGAUCAGAAAAGCCAAUAAACUUACUUUAAGAAUUCCCAAUUUUAAAGAUUUUCUAAAUGGAUUUAGGCAACUUUGAAUAAUGGGAUUUACAUAAAAUCUGAGACAAUACUAAACAAAAAUGGCUGUAACACACAAAAUUAAAAUUUCAAUUUCACAGAUUUGUUAUGCCAAAAAAGUACAUAGAGAAACAAAAUCGUAUUUACACAUCUCAUAAUAAAAUAACAAGGCGAGACAGGUGAUAAAGGGCUGUAAGAAUGAAAAUAUAGAAAUAGCAUAUAAUUAUUAAAUGAAGAACUACAGAUCUAACAAGUCCUUAGCAUGGAUCAUCCUUUAAUCAGUCUUCCCCUAUCAGAAAAUUUUAGUGCACAAUACACCCAAACUCACUCACUUCACACAUACACCAGCACAAACUCAGCAUAGAAAUCAUUCGUUAUCAACAUUCUCUACUCUAUACAGCAUCCCUCGCUGAUAUAAUUACAAUUUCGAGGCGUCAGUAAACGCGGAUGAGCGCACGUAGUGGUGCGGAUGAAGAGGUAUCGACAAGCCAUUCACUGUGCAGGCUCUACUCAGGGCUACAGCCAGACCAUGCCGAGUCAGUGAAAGAAGUAACUUGAGACUUUUGCUUGAGAACAGCCUUGUUGCCAACUUUACUUGCUACCAAAAAAAUAACGGGGAGAGGGGAGGGAAGGACAGGAAAGCUAAGUUUUAUAUUCCUUUAGGCAGAUCUGACUUCCAACAAGCCAGCGUGAGGUACAAUCCCAGUAACUGAACAAUUCAGGGUAGUAGCUGAACAUUUCAGGAUAGUAGCUGAACAAUUCAGUCAGGGUAGAAGCUGAACAAUUCAGGAUAGUAGCUGCUUCCAAUGUUUGUGAUGCUUUACCGAUCAGGAGUUUACUUUCUACGUCUAAUUGCAGUCUUUAUCUUCCGACCAGCAACUGAAGAUCCAGAGGCAGAGAAAACAUUUUUCCCAUUAGUCCUAUUAAAAGAAAUUAGUAGUUCAGAGUUUAGGACAGUGUAGCUGAAAAUUCAGUAGCAGCACUGAGCAGAUAUUCCAGAACAACUGUUUCAUAGUCUUGUCUCACUAGUUACCAGCUGGCAACAAGCAGCAAAUGACGAACAGAAGGAAGAGAGUUCCAGAAACCAAUUUAAUCUCUCUUAUUCAGAAGGUUGCUCAAGAUGACAAAGUUGGAGGGGGAUCCACCAGAAGCAUCAGAUUACUACAGGAACAGUUUAUUGAAUUCACAGAAUCACUAGGUUUGAAGAGACCUUCAAGACCUUUGGGUCCAACCAAUGCCCUAACACCUCAACUAAACCAUGGCACCAAGUGCCACAUCCAGUCUCUUUUUAAAACACAUCCAGGGAUGGUGACUCCACCAUUCCAGUGGGCAGACCAUUCCAGUCUUUAUCUCUCUGUAAAAAGCUUCUUCCUAAUAUCCAACCUAUAUUUUCCUGUGACGCAUCUUGAGGCUGUGUCCUCUGGUUCUGUCAGUUGCUGCCUGGAGAAAGAGACCAACCCCCACCUGGCUACAGCCACCUUUCAGGGAGUUGUAGAGAGUGACAAGGUCACCCCUGAGUCUCCUUUUCUGCAGGCUAAACACCCCCAGCUCCCUCAGUUGUUCCUCACAGGGUCUGUGUUCCAAGCCCCUCACCAGCCUCGUUGCCCUCCUCUGGACGUGCUCCAGUGUCUCAAUGUCCUUCCCAAACUGAGGGGCCAGAACUGGACACAGCACUCAAGGUGUGGCCUCACCAGUGCUGAGUACAGGGCAAGAAUGACCUCCCUGCUCCUGCUGGCCACACUAUUCCUGAUACAGGCCAGGAUGCCCUUGGCCCCCAGGGCACACUGCUGGCUCAUGUUCAGCCGGCUGUCACCAGCACCCCCAGGUCCCUUUCUGCCUGGGCACUGUCCAGCCACACCAUCCCUAGCCUAUGACACUGCAGGGGGUUAUUGUGGCCAAAAUGCAGGACUCAGCACUUGAACUUAUUAAACUUCCUCGCAUUGGACUCUGCCCAUCCAUCCAUUCACACAGACUGAGGAAUUUUUAAAGUAAAUACUGCUGGCACACUGAUAAUUACUUGUUUGCUAGCUUCCAUGCCACUAUUAGAUUUAUACCUGUGCAUACUGAAGUUUAUUAAUCAAGUCUUAAAUUGUAAAUUUAUAUUCAGGUAAACUUUCCUGUGUUCAUGCAAUGGAUCUGGGGACUUCUUUUCCUUUAAUGUGCCAGGAGUACCUUGAUCUGAAAAAACUCCAAACAUUCCAAUUAUCAGAGUAAACUAAGAAGUAAUACAGAAAAUCCAGAGAGAACUUUACCUUUAAAAUGCUAUCUGAUUAAUGAAAGAUCAACUGAGUAAUGUGUUGUGCACUAAUCUGCUUGUACUAAUCUACUGAUCAGUACAAAAAUGUCAGCUACUUUUAAUGGAGGUUAUUUUGCAAAACUUCUGAGAGGAAAAAAGGAGGCUUUUCCCUUUCAGUAUUUGAUGUGAUAUCAAAUAGACAUUCUGGCACUGGUUUUGUUUUUUCAUUAUUACUAGUAUGGAACUGGUCUUUCUUAAGUUACAAGGUUCAUUCUCUGCCCCUUUCCCAUGGCAUUUUAUACUUCAUUAGUAAAAAGAUCUUAAUACAGUCUUAACCCAUAAAUGCUUAAAAAAAACCCCAAAGAAUUCUGACUGUAUUUUAUGCAAUAAAAUGACUGAUUCAAUUCUCCAAUAAAAAAAUAACCAUUUUGCAC